AUGGGAUCCCACAACAAGUCCUACAGGCUGCCAGAAGUAGAUAUCAUUGAUAUCCAAUCAGACGCCGAGAAGCUGUCUUUAUCAAGAGACACCCAGGAGUUGCUGAAAGCCCACCCGCCGAGUUUCUCCUCCCUCCUACUGUGGGACGAGCAGGGCUUGAAACGCUUCGAAUCAAUCACUUACACAGAGGAGUAUUACCCUACCAAGUCCGAAAUCGAGCUUCUCGAGCGGCACAGCCACGAAAUAGCACACCGGAUCGCGCCUGGCUCUCUUAUCGUCGAAUUGGGUAGUGGAUGUCUCCGAAAGAUCAAGAUCCUACUACAAGCACUGGACAACCUCAAGAAGUCCGUUGACUACUACGCGCUUGAUCUGUCUCGCUCAGAGCUUGAGAGAACACUGCAGUCUGUGUGCCAAGGCACGUUCAAGCAUGUUACAUGCCACGGUCUCCUGGGCACCUAUGAAGACGGGUUGCAUUGGUUGCAAAGACCUGAAAACGCUCCCAGGCUCAGAGUCGUGCUCUCGUUGGGUUCGUCGCUUGGUAGCUUUACCCGGCCCGAUGCCGCGGGAUUCCUGGCCGGAUUCGUCCAUGCUCUUGAUCAUGGCCCGUCUCGAAGUGGAAGUGAGCCAUUGUUCAUCAUCGGCCUGGAUGGCUGCAAGGACGGGGAAAGUGUGUGGCACGCAUACAACGACCCGCAGAAUCGAAACGAGGAGUUCAUACGAAAUGUGCUUGACCAUGCAAAUCGUAUUCUCGGCAAGGAUAUAUUUCAUCAGGUUGAAUGGCAGCGUCAUGGAGAGUGGAAUGACAAGCUGGGACGGCAUGAACAGUACCUGAUACCACGCAAGGAUGUCUGGUUUGAAGGUCACUGCCUUAAAGCAGGUGAGAAGAUCUUUGUCGUCUCCAGCCACAAAUAUGAUGGCGGGGAACGACAGAAACUCUGGCAGGGUGCAGGGCUUUGCGAGCUCCAGGGCUGGCAGACUUUGGAACAGAACUAUGGGCUCUAUGUCCUGUCCAAAACACCUGCCAAUUCAGCCCGAGGAAUAUAA